AGCAAACAUAUGUGCAACUAUUACCUCAAACAGAGAUUUCGAUCAAGUAGAGAUCAUACUGGCUCAGCUUAAUUUUAGUUCGUAUCACUUCAGAGAGAUGCCAAGAAAAGAAAAGCAUGAAAUGAGCAGGUUUAACUUUCUUCCCUGUCUUCUCAUUGGUUUGACUGUUGAGAUGUUCAUUGUUGAGCUGCAAUACACACAAGAAGAUACGAAUCAUCAUUGAUGCCAUGAUCGAACGAGGUGAAAAGCUAAACAAAGAGAAACACUGAACAAGCGCGACACUGCAACACUCUCUGUGCCCUUUGACUCUCGUUUAAAUGUACAUAUCUCAUGAGCAGACUUUUCUUUGUUCACCUUCUCUGUUUGGUUUGACAUUUGAGAUUCUCAUUGCAAAUUGCAAUGAUUACUCUACGUCUCAAGUCUCGACCAUCUUUGAUACCCUGAACAGCAAAGUGAAGAAGUGCAACGCAAACCUUUUGAUACUCAUCUUCUGCCAAAAGUAAACUCGGCAUACUUUUGUUGCCAUUCUAGUCCAGUUUUAUGUGUACUGUCUUCCUUUUCUUUCCAUGGUUUGGCUAUAAAGAUACUCACUGCAAAUUGAAAAGCACAUUAUUCUAUCUGAAUCACCAUUGAUGCCAUGAGUGACAAAGUGAAAAAUUAAGGAAGAAGAAACUCAGUAAAAGCAUAGCACUGCAAUAUUUUAUAGCCAUCUGCUGCCAAAAGGAGAUAUUUUAUGCGCAUACUUUAAUAGGUCACUCAGCUCUUGGUUUAGUGUGAAGGUUUCUUCCACUGCUUUUGGCUUCUUCUGGAGCCUUCAAGCUUACUAGGUCCUCCAACUCUGCUGCUUGGGUCAUUGUAACAGGAGAACCAUCACCUGAACUCAAGAGUCCCAGAAGAAAAAAAAUAGAAGAUCAAGAGGAAAGUAAAGAUGAACUGAAACUGAAGAGGCAAUGCCACCCUGUACGACUCCAAAUACUACUGAACUUGUGAUGAUCAUGGAUGUGGAGAGUAUUCUUCACAUGAAGGAAGGGCUGGGUGAGACAAGCUAUUCCCAAAAUUCUUCCCUUCAGAAGAAGAGUACGGAGGCCAUGAAGCAUUUCAUAAUAGACUCAGCAUUAGCUGCCUAUGCCUUUAAGACACCAGAAAUCUUCACAAUUGCUGAUCUUGGUUGCUCCUCAGGGAUAAAUUCUCUAUAUCUAGCUGAAGAAAUUAUCAAGGCCAUUCAUGAGAGAUCUCGGCAGUUAGAGAGGCUGGCACCAGAGUUUCUGGUGUUCCUUAAUGACCUUCCAACCAAUGACUUCAAUGCCAUGUUUCUGAGCUUUCCAGAGUUCAAUAUGAAGUUCAAAGCAGGCAUUGAGUUGCAAGGGGGCAGUGCUCCAUCUGUAUAUUUAGCUGGGAUUCCUGGGUCUUUCUAUAGCAGGCUUUUUCCAGGCAAUAGUCUUGAUUUCAUCUACUCUUGCUAUAGCUUGCACUGGCUUUCCCAGGUUCCUUUGGGGCUUCUUGACAGUGAUUGCAAGCCAAUUAAUAAGGGGAACAUGUACAUAUCUAACACAAGCCCCCCUGCUGUUUCUUUAGCAUACUUCAAGCAGUUCCAGAAAGAUUUCAGCCUCUUUCUUAAGUCAAGAUCUGUAGAGCUACAUUUCGAGGGACGAAUCGUCAUUUUGAUGUUGGGAAGAAGAACUGAAGAUCACAGUGAUAAGUGCACAACAGUUUUAUGGGAACUUUUAGACCAGUCACUGGAAAUUAUGGUCUCACAAGAGAUAAUUGAUGAAGAGAAGGUUGACGCAUACAAUGUUCCAUUUUAUGCUCCAUCAGCGAAGGAGAUCAAGGACGAAGUACACAGAGAAGGAUCAUUUGUGAUCGACUGUAUACAAGCUUAUGAGCUGAGCACAAGCACAGGAGAUCCUAAGGAGGAUGCGAGAAUCAUAUCGAUGGCCAUUAGAGCCAUACAAGAAUCAAUGAUCAGCCACCACUUUGGAGAGGCAAUUAUAGACACUUUGUUCCAAAUUUACAGUGGACUGCUCAGUGAAUUCAUGGUUAAAGAAGAAAUAAAAAGUUCUCACCUACUGGUGGCAUAUGGAGUUUUCAAUAUUGCGCUAUGCAGAAAGAACAUGGAAAGGGAGGACCAUACUAAAAAUUAUGAGGAGAAAGAAGCCGAAAGAGAACCAAAACAAGGUUGGAGGAGCUAUCUUAGCUCUUCCUUUAUUCUGAGAAAAGGUAAUGCUAGUUGAACUGGCACACUCCAGCUUUGGCU